AUAAGUCAGUUGCGAACGUCGUUGAUCGAUAAGGCAGCGCAUGCAAGUCGAGCGGAUCUUGAACUGUUGCAGGCUCAGUCAUCCUUACUGAUUACUCAUGCACAGUGUUCAGAUCGAGCGAAUGAGACUACAACUCUGCGGAGUGACCAACAAGAACCCUUCAAGGCCGGUAUCGUACCAUGGCGAGGAUCUACUCGAACGAAUGAUAAAACCGAAGUUGAACUUCUUGUUGCCAUUCAAGUUGCAUGGUCAACGCGUGGACAAGCAUCGACGUUCCGAAACACAGAAUAUGGAAGCAGAAGUUGA